UUAAAAAAAAAAAAAGAAGUGGACACUGGCUUGUGUUUGGUUGAAGUUCAUUAACCAAUUUUGCGAUAAAAAUGCUUCUACCUUGAUUUAUUUUCUUUUGCUUUGUCGAAGAAUAUGACAUUUGUCGCUUUUUCUCAACGUAGUGUAUAUUUCUUCUUGGUUUCUCUUGCGUCCACUACUUCCAUGGUAAACUCUCGGAGUUUAUUUUUCCUCUCAUCAGCCAAACAUGGUAGUUCUUUGUACAAAAGUCAUGUCAUAUGUUAAACCUAUCUGUGGAACAGGAAGGAGAUUUUAUCCAGAUUGAUCAAUAAUGCUCGUGGUUCUGCAAAAGAUGUGCAGCUGAAUGCCUCUUCUAAAGAUGACCUGAAUCAUCACCGAAGUGAACAGUCUCAAUCAAAUACUGAACAAGAGAUAAUUGAUGACUCCUAUGAUCACUCUGAACUUAAUAAUGAAGAGAGGGAGACCGAUGGAUCUCAUGUAGUAGGGAACUCAGAAAGCAUUACAUCUGAGCAUGUAAACCAGCAAAAUUCAGUUAAUCAAAUCGCCGAACAUUCAGAUCAAAUCGGAGGAAAGGAGGAUAUUGAGCAAGAGACAUCACAUUUUGAAUUUAUUUUCAGUGUACCCGAAAGAGACAGUAAUGCCAUUAGGAACUUGACGGAGAAUGAUGCAGCUGAUGAAAGUGGUUCUCGUUGGCAUGUACCAGAAGACCACGAACCCUUUCAUGAUAAUGAUGCACCAAGAAAUGAGGCAAGUGAUACUCGUGAAGUAUAUGGUCAUUCUCAUGGUUUGAUAAGAAGUAGUUUCGAGGAUUAUGAGUGGCAAGUUUUAUCAGCUCUGGCAGCAGAUCCACAGGUCGUGCUCAGAGACCAUGAGGAAAGCAACUUGCAACAAUCAGAAGAGCCUGAUGAACUGCUUAUCGAACAUGGUGAAAGUGAGCUACUAUCUCCUUGUGAACACAAUGAAACGCCAGCUGAUACCACAGAAGACAUGGGCAGAAGUUGGCAGGAAGGUGCUACGAACCAUUGGUACCCAGACAGUUCGGAAAAUGCUACUGAAGAACAAAUCUAUGAGCAGGAACAACAUGAGGAUUGGCAGAGUAAUGAUUGGCUAGAUAUGCCUUCUGGUCAGAAUGCUGGAUCCAUGAGAAGGGUUGAUUCAUUUUAUAUGCCUGAUGAUGAUAGUUCUUACAAUAUUGAACUUCGAGAACUUCUAAGCAGGAGGCGUGUCUCUAAUCUGCUUCAAAGUGAUUUCCGCGAAAGUCUAGACCAGCUAAUACAAUCUUAUGUCGGAAGGCAAGGUCAGGCGUCUGACUGGUAUAUGGAUGCAACGCCAUCAUCCCCUGGUGAUACGGAACACGAGCUGCUUCAAGAAUAUGCCAAUCAAGAUGGGCCUGAGAUAAAUAGUGAAUCUAAUCCCUUUCCCAUGACUUCACUACAUGUGGCACCCUCUCAGCCACUUUGGCACCUGGAUCCGGACGAUGAAAAUUUGCCUCUCCAAAAUCCGUGGCAGUACAUGGGAACAGAUUGGGAAAUCAUACAUGAGUUGAGGAAUGACAUGGCUAGGCUUCAUCAGAGGAUGGACUAUAUGCAAAGGAUGUUACAAAAGUGCAUGGAAAUGCAAGUUGAGCUGCAACGUACGGUUCAUCAAGAUGUUUCUGCAGCCUUAAAUCGAUAUGCUUGUUCAACAGAUAUUGAUGCAUGUGAGGACAGUGUGCUGAAUGAUGAAUCCAAAUGGGACAAAGUGAGAAAGGGGAUUUGUUGCUUGUGUUGUAAUAGCAGCAUAGAUGCCUUACUGUAUAGGUGUGGACAUAUGUGCACAUGUUUACAAUGUGCAGAAAAGUUGUUCCAGUUGCAGGGCAAAUGUCCAAUAUGCCGGGCACCAGUAAUUGAGGUUAUCCGAGCUUUUUCUCUAUAGUAAAGCUGGUGCAGUUUUGGGUGUGGGCACAUACUCAAUGUACCCUCAGGCACCAGCAAUUGAUCGGUGGUUCGAGCCUUUUUUGUACGUAGCUAGUAGAAAACUAGAAAUAUGACAUUGCUUCGAUACAUGCAGCCUUGCUUCUUUAGUUUGUCUGGAUGGUAUGCAUGCUUCAUUUUGUCAAUAGUGUGUGUAUAUAUAUUCAUGCAGUGUGCUGUGGGUAGACUUGUACAGGAGCAGUGUGUUGAUUAUAUGCGUGGAGACUAAUUUUGUACAGAGAAGGAUAGAUAAAAUGCAUGUUAUUAUGCCUUCCUACCAUAUGUAAAUUAUUAAGUGAUGAAUAUAUAUUCAUCUGUUUAUAUCUUUUCUCUGAUGGAUUUACUCAA